AUAUAUAUAUCAAUGAUUUUACCAUGGAAAGGGGCCAGGACAGGGACCAUGCGCACUGCGCAGAUGCAGCACAGAGGAGCUAUGACGAGCAAGUAAACACUGCUGUGCUAGUACUAGUAGGGCUUUUCCUUUUCCACAUUCCUCCAGCUUCGGACGUCUUCGACACACUCCAACGGCCACAGAUAUGUCUGACUUCUCAGAAGAUCAAAUCAUGGAUUGAGUUUAACCUGGAUCAAAUACACGAGUUUAAGGAGGCUUUCCUCCUCUUCGACAGAACCGGCGAUGGGAAGAUCAGUUACAGUCAGUGCGGCGACGUCAUGCGGGCGUUGGGCCAGAACCCCGUCAAUGCAGAGGUCCUCAAGGUCCUGGGCAACCCCAAGGCUGAGGGUGAGGAGAUGAACCACAAGAUGCUUGACUUUGAGCAGUUCCUGCCCAUGCUGCAGGCCAUCGCUAAGAAUAAAGACCAGGGCUCCUUUGAGGAUUUCGUUGAGGGACUGCGCGUCUUUGAUAAGGAGGGCAACGGCACCGUAAUGGGGGCAGAGCUGCGUCACGUCCUCACCACACUAGGGGAGAAGAUGACGGAGGAGGAGGUAGAGACGCUUCUUGCCGGACACGAGGACGCUAAUGGCUGUAUUAACUAUGAAGAACUCGUCCGGAUGGUCAUGAGCGGUUGAAAAUCGGGAAGAACAUUCCUUCCUAAUUCUUCGUUUUCACCGUGUUUAUUUCUGUGACAUAUUUCCCCUCUUUGCAACUAGUUUCCAGUCCUGCCCGUUUCCUUUCCUGUGCAGUCUUAUUAUAUCUUCACGCCUCUUUUCUUUCGAAAGUGCCUUUACAUUCCCAAGUUAAGACCAUUAGUGACCCAAGCUUAUUAUUUUUAUGCGUCAGCCUGGUCAAUUGAAUUAAGAAUAAGACAAACUUGCAUGUAAUUAGAAGCUUGUGUGCUGCUGACGUGACCAGCAAUAACAUUCCGAGAGAGAGCACUUCAUACCAACUGUUUGCGCUGUCAUGCCAGUUUGACAACUCUGUCAAUGGUAUGACAGUGACAGCAAUGGAGUUGUCAAGACAGCACAAAAAGAUCUGAGACCAGGCUAAUGAAGACUUGCUUUGGCUGGGAAUGUCUCCCUUCCUUUCGCUGCCAGAGCUAUGCAGUUAGUUAACCAAUAUGUAUAAGAAGCCAUACAAUCAUGACGACAUAGAAAUCCAUGAGGUUCAGUGGAUUUUUCUUAUUUUUUUCUUCCCUUUAUUUGUUGCAGCGUUCAAAUAAAAGAUUUUCUGAAAACA